UUUCCGGUUUUAAUAAACGAGAAAAUGCAAACCACUACGGAAAUCGUCGCCGAUGCCGAACAGCAGCCCAAAGUGUUGGAGAAGGCCGUUUUGGAAUUUCGGAACUCUUCGACUCUCGUGGAAGAGCUUCAGGGCCCGAUUGAGGCGGUUCUUGUGCCGAACGGGUCAACUUCCGGUCAAUCGAUGGUUGGUGUGAAGUACAAGCGGCAUUUGUUGGUUUAUCGUUUCGACGACGAUAGAAACAGAUUGACUUUGUUGGACGGAAAGUACGACGUGUUCGAUACGGAAACUGAACGCCGAUUGUGGUGGUUGACGGAGAAAAGAUUUAUCGGGGUGCAGAAUGGAACGUGGGUCGACGUUUAUCGGGUGAAUGAGCGGAUUGAUUUUUUGAAUCGUGUGAACGGAGCUGUUUACUUGGGACAUUUCUUGAAGGAUUCGGAGCUAGGCGCGCUGGUUCGAGAUGAAAAUGAGUGGAGGUUUAUGUCGUUCAAUGGAUCGACGUGGAAUAAUCAGACCGUUGAGUUUCUACCAGAAAUGAAUGAAAGGAAAGUUGAAAUUCAAGUGAUUAGUGAUUUUGACGAUGGUAAAAACGUAUUUGUGAUUAGAAGCAAUGAAGAUCUAGGCAUUUAUGAAAUCAAGGAGUCGAAGAAACUUGAACGCAUUGUAAAGUGUCAGCACAUCCAGCUUCCGGAAGAUGCCGAGUAUGACCGUAUCGCGUUCGCUAACUUUUCCGAUGCCAAGUUUAAGGACAUACUACACUUCAACACAACAGGAUUGAACGUGUACCGUUUUAAUGACACUACGGGGGGUUAUGAACCACAUUUGUUCAGCACCAUGUUCUCAAAGUAUCGCAAUUGGAAUACUGAUCUUGUAAACUCUAUGAUUGUGCAUGAUACGGAUGGUGAUCAACGUGACGAACUACUGUUCACUACACCAGCUGGAUUCCAAGUGUUCAGAGCAGUUCAAAGAGAGGACGAUUUUUAUCUGGAGGAGGUAUUGCUGAAAAGUGAUAAUAAUAAGCACCGUUUUAUGAAUUUGAUGGCUGUUUUACCGAACGGUAAAAAUGGAAUACAGCGCGUGAUUUUUCACGAUGGCAACAAGCUUCUACUAACGGACGUUGGCAAGGAUAUUAUGACAAUAACGUUUCCGCAGGACGUCAAGCCGAAGGAGAUUUCGCCGAAAAUCACAUUGAUAACACCGGCUGUGCAGUACUCACGAUGGUUGCACGAACAUCUGGAUCUGUCGGAGCUGCUGCAGCCGCUAAACUCUCUGACGGGGAAAGUGGAACUGUCCAUUCCGUUGGUACAGGUGGAUAAUCCCUUCGGGAUCAGUGUACGGAAGUAUUUUCAAUAUCGGGAUGUCCCCGGAGAUGACUGUUUGGCGCGAGGCUGGACAUUUCCGUUGGAUUACAUCGUAGUGGAUACAGUGGGCAGCAUUUUUGAACAAGAUUUCCGGUAUUCAAUUGUGAGAAAGAACUACAGAAUUUCUUUGUUUCCGAGUUUUGAACAAUCUACCGAAGACAAGGUUGUCUUCGAAGUUCAGCCAGAAUUGGAACUGACAUACUUCAAGAACGACCAGAAAUGGGUAAUGGAGGACAAGGAGGAAUCGAUCAAGUAUAUAUUUGGAAAUUUUGAUUCUACAAAAGGAUUAAGAUAUGCGGAACAGGAUUCUGAAAGGAAGUUUCCCAUUGAAUGGUAUUUGGUACGAGAGGAAGAUGCCACAGGCAGUUUUGUGAACUAUCUGUAUGAUUUGGAAAACAACAGCGCAAAACUGACGAGCAUUACCACUGAUCAGGAUGCGACUGUGAAAUUUGUUUAUAACAAAGGAAAAAUGCAGAGUUUUGCAAUUCAGACGCAAUUUUAUAAACAAGUGGUUACUCUGGAAAUGACGAACGAUAAUGAUAAAUUCUAUUUAACUGGCAUUAAACAGGACAACUAUCCACUAUUCGAAUUCAAAUAUGAAUCUGAUAAAAUGACAGAAAUUAUCUAUCCCAAUGGUUUGAAAUCAACCUUAGAGUAUGGAACAGUUAUCACAGAAUCUGAAAAACGUAACGAACUAGAAUUACCUAGUGAAGAUUUCACUAUUGCUUACGGACCAGAUUACAGCGUUAUUGCUAUUGCCCAUCCUGAUAAGAAGCACGCGCAAAUCAGUGUACGUGAUGUACUCAGAGGAUCACAUACAAUCAAGACAUUCAACACCACGUUAUUUAAUAACGAAGAACCCUUCAAAGGCUAUCAAGUCGUCAUCCAGGAAAAACUAUUCGGAAUAAUUAGAUCGUUCAAAUUGACAAAGAUUUUGGAUUUCUUCCAGUUCAGUAAGGAUAACUGGAACAUAACUCAACAUAAUUUAACAGCUGAUGCGAUAAUUACAAGCAAUGUAAACUCAAUUUAUAUCGCUGAUGCUGGAUCACUGCAGAUCAUAAAAAUAGGCGCCAACGACACUCUGGUCUCCCACGUUCAAAACAUUACCAGCAAUUUUGUUAUUCGUGCUACCAACCGGGGACUUUUGCUUUACGACGACCAAAAAUUUGUUCUGCAAUACACUCCCAACCGCCAGUAUCUGAAAGGAUUAUUCAGCAACUAUGACAGCAACUACAUCAAAGAGACGAUUGCCACGGUGAAUCGUUUUGAAAUGUCGGAAGAUGCCAAAGCUGAUCUGAUACGGGCCCUGAAGCUCAAUAUGAUUCAGAUGUACGGAAAAUUUAUCAUACUACGAGCCUUGGAAAUAAAGCACGGGGUUUUAAAAGUACUUCUCAGACUGAAAAUAUUGGACGAGAAAAAUGAGAUAAAAGAUAGUGAUCGAUAUAGAAUUGACAUUCAGAACGUGGAGGAAAUGAAACGGAAUGUGAAAUCGAAGGCCAACGAUUCUUGCAAUUUGCGAUACAUAUUGUACUUGGAGAAGUACGCCAUCAAUAUCGACUGUACCGGACCUACUGUAGAUGGCUACGAAAACGCGUUGCAAAGCGAGCUAAAAUCGAUCGCCAAAGAUCAACAAAAAGUUCAAAAAGCCAUGGGAACGAUCAUAAAUUUUAGCAAUAAUAUGGCAACCUUAGAAAAGGAGAUUCUGGACGCGAAUCCUGUUGCUUUUGACGUAUCACUGUUGGGUAUAUCCAUCGAUGAGAAAGGUGUUAAGACCGGAGGAAAAGUCAUUAGCUACAAUGGUACGGCAUGGAGUCAAAGCGAUCAAAAUUCGGAUUUGGAUUUGGUCUUGCGAGAUAAAUUAAGGCUUGUGAAAAAGGCGGGCGAAGCAUGCAAGAUCUACAACGAUACUGAGGUCAUCCAUGAUUCGAAAACUACUGAUUUCGGAUCCGUAAAGCUGGUUUGGCCACUGUAUUUCGCAUCACAGGCUAAGGAAGGUCCAUUAUUGUACUUUUUCGACGAGAACAAACAAGUGCAAUUGAAUGAAACUGAAAAGUUAAGUCUCCUCAGUAAUAAUGUGGCAAUAGUUACAACAACUGACAACAACACUAAACUGUCGAUGUUACCAGUGAAAUCCAUGCUAGAAUCAGACAUAGCUGUUUUGACCAAACAAACAUUGCAACUGAGUCCUGGAGUUCGGCGUGUUACCACCUACGAGAAUGGCGGAGUAGAACUGGAUGGUCUUUCGAAUGCAUACGUUUUCACCAACAGCAAAAUACUUCCAGGCGGUAACAAGAACAAAUAUGGCUGGUACCAGCACAGUUACGAUCUGAAAACCAGACAACUACAACGCAGUGUACGGGACAGUGAAGGGAAGUUGAUCAAAUAUAUAGAUCCAAUCGUCGACGAAGAGCAAGAAAAACUCAACUCUACUACGGUUAUUACUGAUAAGGCUGGUCGUUUGCCUAUUGUAGACGUUGCUCCCAUGAACGUGCUUGAUGGCGAUUACUCGUACUAUGGAUUUGAGCAAUACGAACGAACAUCAUUUAAUAAUACGGUUCGUUGGACGUUUGACGAUAAAAAAGUAAAAACUGAAGGAGGAAAUCGAUUUCUUCAACUGGAAACUGGAGAUUCUUUCGAAGGAGUUCUUCACAUAAGAAGUGCUAAUGAAAAGUAUCUGUUUUCGUGUUUGCUGAAGACAGAAGACAUCGGAAAAAUGAGUGAACUAGUUACCAUCGUAAAUAUCAAGCAAGAAGAUAAAGAAAUGCUUCAAGUUGGAGAACCCAUAGUUCAGCACUCAAUUGCAGCACGCUGGCAUUACGUCGAGCUGAAUAUAACUACGACGAACCUUUUGAAUCCCACAUUGGUAACCGUCAAAAUAUCUCCCAAAUCCGGAAAAUCCCUCAUUCUUGACCACGUGAGAUUUUCUCCCAUGAACGUCGACUUCCGGGCCUACGCCUACCGUCAACCAUUCUGGGGAGUCAGCAGAGUGAUGCACAACAGUGGACUGAUGACCCAGUAUCUGCUGGAUUCGCACGGUAAUCGUGUCGUGUACGUGUCGGAGUUAGGGAAAGUUACGGACUUCUUGACCUACUCUAAGUCAUACAACAUCCGAGGCUCGGACAAGUUUCCCCAUGUCAUGGAGGUGAGACCUAGCAAUGGGGAAAUCGAAUGCUUCAACGAUCCGAAGAGUUGGACCCCUGACAUUGAUAAGCAGAAAUGGAGUAUGGAAAGGGGAACUUUAAUGCACAGUUCGGACACGACAGACACAAUUAAAAGAGCUUUAUUGUCAAAUUAUGAUUCAUUCGUUGUCAGAUUCGUAUACAACUUGAAUUCUAAAGAUGCUGUGAUCAAGGUCAUAGUUAACGAUAUGACUCUUGAUGUUGUAUGCAAGCCGUCUCAAGGCACCUGCGCAAACAAGGGAAAUAUUUCUGAUUAUGGUGAAAUCGUCGUAUUCAUAUCGAAAUCGCACCGAGCAGUAUGGUUUGAGGGCAGUCUCGUCUCCGAAACAUCGCACCACUUGCCUAAAUUUGAAAAUAUUGGCUUCACAAUAUCCGGUUCGGUGACGAUCAACGAAAUGCUUGUGCUGUAUGACCCUUCAAUGAAAAUCACCUACUACAACCGGCUGGGAUUACCCAGGCAAACUCUUACGAUGCAAGACGAGAAGUUCGUGAGGAUUAAGGAAGUUCUGUAUGAUGAAAUCGAUCGAUCUAUCGUUACCACAAAAUGGACCACCGUGGAGAAGAAAGAUAAUUUAUUUUUCGAUUUCCACGAUAACUUCAUCGAAAUUGUGGAGUCUAAGCGGUUGACUGGGCUCGUCAACGAUUUGAAUAAAAAUUGCGAAGGAUACCCGUAUUUCCGAAAGGACUAUGCAGACAACCCCAUCACAGAGGAAGUAACAAUUUCCAUGCCAGGGAAAACAUUCUCGGAAGAUAGCAAAUAUUCCAGACAACUGGCGAGGCGGUCUAAGUAUCAAGCGUUGGAUAAACUUUUCCCUGCAGAAGAUGGUUUCACGCAAAUGGUGGAAAUCAGACAGAACAAGACCUACCAUAUUGUUGUUAACGAUGCUAAGAACAAAAAGGUGGCAUACUUUAUCGCAGCUGCUGGUACCGAUCCACGAAUAACUACUUACGAAUACGACGACGGGGGUAACCUUGUUCUGGAAUUGCCUCCUGUGUAUCACAACGUUACAACUACAUUGAACCAAACGUUUGCCUUUUGGGGUAGAAACUUGUCGGAAACAGAGUUGCGUUUGCAGUCGGAUUGGGGCAUUCGAUAUUCGUAUAACAGUGAGGGACAGAUCCUAAGCAAAACCACACCUGAUUCCGGUACACAACACUACUUCUAUGAUGGCAACGUUGUUAGAUUUCUGGUUCACACGGAUAAAGAAAACAAAACGGAUAAAACUGUGUUCUACUCGUAUGGAUCAGCUGGACAAAUUGUAAGGGAAGCCAUAGUAGAUAUCCCACCCACGGAGUUCAACCAAUACCUCGGUGGCAGUACAAUGAUACCCAAUUCAACUAACUUCGUAGAAUUCUACCAUGGAGAAUAUGAUGAAUCUCCUACUGUGAGACACAGAUCACAACAGUCGAUCAGACGUAUUGGUGAUAAGCAAAUGAUGGAGAGUUUGAUCAACGAUAACGCCAACCGAAUCGUAAAAAAGAUAUUCAUCGUACCGGCGCUGAACACUUCUUACGCAAUCGACUAUGAAUAUCUUAACGAUAAGCUCUCCAUGAUCCGGUAUCCGAUCGGCGUAAAUGGAACCGAUUUCAAAGUCAAGUACACCUACAACAACGCUGGGGAUAUGAUCACCAUUGGAACCGUAGAUGACCCAGAGAAGUUCGUCAAACUCCAGUAUAAUGCAGACAGCUUAGUGCAAGAAAUGCAGUUCGAACCAGGUUCCCCUUAUACCUACAAACGCGAGUACGGUUACAAUGAACCGGGCUAUCUGAACCGGAUCGCUGACAUGUUUUUAGAGGAAACCGUCAGCUACCUGGAAGCAGACGGAUACGGCAAUGCAUUUUCCAUGAUUUUCGAAGGCUUGAUUUCCAGAACCACUUUCAACGCUACUUGGUUUGAGCGGAGUAAUCCAGCUUUGUCGAGACUCCAGUUAAAUGAUAUGCAUCCGAUCAACAGAACACUUACCGCGUUUUGUAUCAAAAGUCUGCAAUCGGAAGGAUACUUCGACAAGAGUUCCCAUCCAUUGAAAUCGUUUUACCCCGAAUUGGAUGAUUCAAUUAGUGAAAAAUGCCGAACCAAGCAGUUUCGUUCUGCGUUCCAUGCACAUGAGUUUCCCCAGUAUUACGGCCACUCGUACGAUUAUGAUAGUCACGAACAAAUGAUAAGAGCUAAAUACUUCCAAUCUCCAACCGAAGCUUCGUGGAAACCAUUCAAGGAAACGAGUUUUAUGCCAAUUGAUGGCAUUGAUAGUACCGCAUCAAAGGAAAUUUGGAACAUUCUUCUGAGAAAUAAUUUCAUAUCAAGAAAUUGUUAUAAUGUUGGAAUUUGUGCGGGAUUACCGGGUAAUAAUUCCUUGCUUAAAUCAGACGUACCGAAUGAAUCGUACGCUCAAGCCUUAAUGCUAAAUGCUAUAUCUACAGAGAAAACAUUGUCCGAUACAGUUUUUGAACGUAAAUGCUUAAAGUGGUUUGAAAGUAGAACAAGGAAACCGCUUCACAAUUGCACUACUUUGAAGGAUAUUUUUGAAUCCCGUAACAUUAUAGGUGAGAAUACCAAUCAAACACAAAAUGCUUUGAAUAACGAUUUCCGAGCACAACUCCACAAAUAUACCCGGUUUAUUCCUCACAUUGUCAGAAAACUCCACAAGCACUUUGCCACUCACCUCGGAAAAUCACCGGCUGAUGUACUGUCAUGUAGUUUUGACGCCAACGGAAAUCAUCGGUUGUUCAGAAAGGGCGCCGUUCGGUAUUCUUUUGAGUAUACCAAUGGGACCAACCAAAUCCACACCAUCACCAAGAGUGACAAUGAUGAACCGGACGCUCCAGCCAAAAUAUACAAAAUGAAGCAUAAUAGUGAAGGAAGCGUCAUCGUAGCCCAGCAUAAGAAUAUAAGCAAGAUUGAGUAUGACCCUUUGCUGAACAGACCGACCAUUAUACACAUGGACAAUGGACGAAAGUUGAAGUUCGAGUAUGACGUACGAGGCGAACGAACGUUCAAACAAGUCAUAGAAAAAGAUAACCACGUAAGUAAAGAAAAGUACUACAUCAGAGACUUGAACAGGAAUGUGCUGGUAGAUGUUCAGCUAGCCUACGUGGCCAAAAAUAAGGUACCGGAUAUCCAGAUAACCAGCUACGUCUACUCCGAUCGAGGCCUCAUCGGGUUCGUAAGAAAUGACGAAUUCUACAGUGUGUUCACCGAUCACGAAGGCUCAACGAGGUUGGUGAUCAAAAAUGGUGAAGUCAAAGCUGCAUACGACUAUCUGCCGUUUGGAAUCAUUUUCCGAAAAGCCGAGCGGGACUUGGAUGGUGCAAUUUCCUACCUGUACACUGGCCAAGAGUGGGACGAGGAAACCGGUCUCUACAACUACCACACCCGAUUGUAUGACCCGGAAAUCGGACGCUUCUAUCAGGUUGAUCCAAAGAGUCAAUAUGCUAGUCCUUAUCUCUACGCGGGGAACAGCCCUCUGGGUUUGGUAGAUCCAGAUGGUCAGUUCUUCAUGACGUUGAUCGCAAUCGCGUUGGCAGUCGUAGGAGCAUAUCUGGGAGCUGCGGCAGCAAACGGAUCAUGGAAUCCAGCGGAAUGGAACUGGAGGAGUGUAAAUACGUGGUUGGGAUUGUUUGCAGGAGCAUUAACGGGAGCCACGCUACCAUCUACUGCUAUUUCAACAUUCACUUAUCUCACGGCAACCCUCGGACUCAGCGUGAGUACAUCUCUAAGCGUUAUGAUCGGUAGUGGCAUUGGACUUUCUUAUUUCACCAUGGCUGCAGCGAACAAUGAUUGGAAUCCCGACCAUUGGGAUAUGAAGUCGCCUGCCACGUGGAAUGCCUUCUUCGCUGGCGUUGCUACGAGCAUAAGUGUCAUAACGAAUCCACACAACUUGGUUACCUCGUAUGCCGCCAUCACCUCUACGGUUGGAAAAGGGCUAUUCAUAGCUGGAAAGUUAAUUCUAACAACAGGAUUUGCCUAUAUGCUAGGAGUGAUCCAGCAGAAAGGAGAAUUUGAUCCUUCCAAAUGGGAUUUCACAAAACCAGGAUUGUAUAUGUCUUUAUUCAGUGGUUCAAUACAGGCUACGUCAACAGUCAAAUUUAUUAGCAAUUUGCCGGAAAACUUUAAAUCAGUUGUUAAAAAGAUCAGCAAUUUAUUGAACAACAAACAAUUGAGUGUAGUGCUCUCGAAGUUCAAGCAGCAUCUGGGCAGUGACUUUUCAAAACAGCUUAUGAGCGCCGCUCACUAUCUAAACACAUACAGUGGGAAUCUGAAAACCGUUGGUCAAGGCACAUUUAAUGUUUUUCUUUACACAACGGUUUCAUCAUUAAGAAUUUCCACAAUUGUUGACAAAGACAAAGUCCCGGAGUUUGGUGUCGCAAUGGAAAUUAUCAAACAGAUACAAAAAGUUGUUUCGAUUUCCGAUUACAUGGCGAAUAAUUUGGAUCUCAUUGUGCGUGUCAAAGCAGUGUCGGAUGCCCACCGCAAAACUCGGAGUAUAACGGUGGAAUCAGAACAAAACAGCACUUCAUCGGGGGCAUCAAGUUUCUCUCGCUCAUUUCUAGACUUCAUCCGCUUCCGCUUCGGAAUACCUAAUCCGCCAAUAAUUCCAAGUUCAACAGAAGUGAACCCUUAUUCUUCUGAAACAAAAACAUCAACGGGCAAAGUUUUUACAAUAUCCAACUGCUUCCGAAUGUAUGAUUCCACCACCAACAAACCAUUCAUCAAAUGCUAUGGUCACCGAUCCAUCACUUCAAUACACUCCAAAUUAUCCCACGGUGGUGGAAUCACUGGAGAUAGCUUCCAGAGCUGUUACCCAAUCAGUUACCACCACAUUCCGAGUGUUUCCUGCGAUGGAUCACAAUCUACAAUGUUGUUCUCCGGCUACGACGCACCCCGACUGUUCGACUACACUGACGGAUGGAUUCUGUUGGCUCGUGUUAUGCCGACUGCAAUCAAGAGCAUCGUUUCCGGUGUACGAAGUGUUUUCACCGGUGGUGAUCGAACUCCAUCAAGAGCUUCCGCAUCGGAAGCGGAACUAGCUUCGCUGAUCAAUGAUUUAGCAGGAUUGAAUAGUUGGAUGACGUUGUGCAACAAUUCCGGAUGGGCGACGAAAGCUGUUGACGAGCUGAACAAAGACAUUCGGGAAUUUUUGAGUGAGUCAACGAGAAACCACCACACGUAUUGGAUGUUAAAGGAAAGAAUAGCGGUACUGCGGGAAGAUGUUUUGGAGGAAACUGUAUUUGCACAGAAUGGGGGUCAGAUUGGCGUUAACCUGGAUGUGCCAAUGAUGCGGAUGCUGGAAAUGUCGCAGUCAAGAGAUAUUCAAGGUCCGAAGCAACAAUCAUUACAGUAUGCUAACGUUGGCCUCCUAAAAUAACCGAUGAAGCUCUAUAGAAUACAGGAUAACAAAAGAGCUCUUAUUACGGAUAGAGUAAGACUUAGUUCAAUAUUGUUUGUAUACUUGCUCAUAGAGAA